AUGAUGCCGACUACCACUCCUUCUCACGCCUCCGCCGGUAGUGAAAAUGUCAAGCCCGACCCGCAAGCUCCCGCUCCGGCUUCCGACUCUUCUCUCCAUCCUCCUCCUGCUCCCUCCACCGGUCCUGACGGCGCGACUACCGGCCUUCAUUCGCCGCCCGACAGCAACAAUGCGUCGAAACUCGACGGCAGCAGCUCAGACUCGGAACUCAGUGAUCUUGACGAUGAUGCUCUGGCCGAGAACUUGAAUGGCAUCCAACCCGAGGACGUCGAUGCUACCGUGACCUCCGUCACGACCCCGACAGCUGCUGCGGCUGAUACUGUCUAUGCCGCGUCCGCCGCUGCCUCCGAGACUGUCCCGACUGCCGCGACUGCCCCGGCUGCCCCGGGUCCGGGCUCUUCGACGACACCUGCGUCCGACGAUAAACCCACCGCGACCGACGCGCCUGCCCCCGAGGAAGAGGACGAUAUCGGCGAGGUCGAACCCGACCACUACUCUGGAACCGUCCCCGUGUUUCGGCCGACCAUGCACCAGUUCCGUGAUUUCAAGAAAUUUAUGGGCAAAAUCGAUAAGUAUGGCAUGAAGUCAGGCAUCGUCAAGAUUAUCCCGCCCCAAGAAUGGAAGGAUGCCCUCGAACCGCUCGACGACCUGGUCAAGCCCAUCAAGGUCCGUGAACCGAUCAAGCAGGAUAUCAUGGGGUCCAACGGCACCUACCGUCAGGUCAAUAUCCUCCACCAAAGGACAUACAACCUCCCCCAGUGGCGCCAGCUGUGCGACCAGAGCGAGCACCAGCCACCUGCCCGCCGUGGAGAACGCCGUGCCAACGCCGACAAGCCGAAACCUGCGCCUCGUGCUCGUCCAGCCGCUGCUGCGGCUCCCGCCGGAGCUGGUGCGUCGACAAAGAAGGGAGGCACCAAGAAGGGCCGUGGCGGACGCAGGGGUGGCGGUGGCGGUGGCCGUACGCAGCGCCAUACUGCCGACGACGACAAUGCCUCCACGGUAUCUGAGCCGCGGCCUAUGACGCCUGAGUCGCAGCGUGGUGAUGACGAGAAGAUGGUCUUGGACGACGACAAAACCUGUGUGGAGUCGCCCCAGGAUGCUACCGGCAAGCACCAACACGACGACCGCGAGGAUGCCGACAGCGCUGUUAUGUCCUCUGUUGAAGUAGAGUAUCCGAUUAAGCAGGAAGAAGAUGACGAUAUGACCGACAUCCCCGCGGCCCCACGCCGGAUGGGGUUUGUGCGUCAAGAAGCGACCAAGAAAACCCAGUCGACGUCGGCUCGCCGCAAAUAUAGCAAGCGCGAAGGUUCUGCGAAAAUUGACGAAGCCGCCUUCAAGGACUGGGACUACCGCAUGGACGUGUCUGACUACACCCCCGAGCGCUGCGAGGAACUGGAACGGAGCUACUGGAAGACGCUGACGUAUGCGCCGCCACUGUACGGAGCCGAUCUCCCAGGUACCCUCUUCAGUGAAAAUACCGAACUCUGGAACCUCAACAAGCUGCCCAAUCUGCUGGAUGUUUUGGGUACCAAAGUCCCCGGUGUCAAUACUGCGUACCUCUACCUGGGCAUGUGGAAGGCCACGUUCGCUUGGCACCUGGAAGACGUCGACUUGUACAGCAUCAACUACCUGCACUUUGGCGCCCCCAAGCAGUGGUAUAGCAUCUCUCAAGGCGACGCCCGUCGUUUUGAGGCUGCCAUGAAGAACAUCUGGCCUGCCGAUGCCAAGGCCUGCGACCAAUUCCUGCGUCACAAGGCCUUUUUGAUCUCACCAUCGCACCUCCAGCAGCACUACAACAUACGGGUCAACAAGUGUGUGUCCUACCCGGGCGAGUUUGUCGUCACCUACCCCUACGGGUACCAUUCUGGAUACAACCUUGGAUACAACUGCGCCGAGGCUGUCAAUUUCGCCCUGGAUUCUUGGCUCCCCAUGGGCAAGAUUGCCAAGAAGUGCGAGUGUGCCCAAGCACAGGACAGCGUGUGGGUCGAUGUCUACGAAAUCGAGCGCAAGCUGCGCGGCAUCUCCACUGACGACGAGGAUGACCUUUCCGACGAGGACGAUGAAGAGUACGACUCGGAAGAGGAAGGCGAUGGCGACGAUGCCAAUUCCGUCGCUGGUUUGCCGACCCCACCCUCUGGUGGCCGUGGCCGGCGUGUGAAGUUCCCAGGUUCCCAAAAGCAGAAGCGCAUCGUGCGUCCUUCCGCCAAACGCCGCAGAGCGCUGGGCGAUGCCGACAUUGACGAUGCCGACGACGAUGAGGGCAACCGAAGGCUAAAGAAGAUGCGGACCCGGCUUUGGUCCGGCGACAGUUCCCCUUGCUGCCUGUGCCCCAAUGCCUUCCCUGACUCCGAGCUAUUGCCUACCGACGACGGUCGUGACGCCCAUCGUCUUUGUGCUAGCUAUCUCCCCGAAAUCCGCAUCGAGACGAUUGACGGCAAAGACGUUGUCAAGGGCGUUACGGAUAUCCAGAUGCCUCGCAUGGAGCUGCGCUGUCUGUACUGUCGCCUUCGCAAGGGUGUCUGCCUCAAAUGCUCCCACGCCAAGUGUACGCGGUCGUACCAUCCAACCUGUGCCGCGGCCGCUGGUGUAUUUAUCAACGAAGUUGACGCUUCUACGUCCGGCGACAGCGACACGGAGCAUUCACAUUCGCACCACUCGUAUGAGUUUACUUGCCGGUUUCAGCGCACCAAGCGUAAUCGGAAGUUGGACGCGCUGGCCCUCGAAAAGGUUGAGCACAUUCGCAAUGCAGCUGCCGCUCUUCAACCGGGCUCCAUCUGCCAAAUGCAGCUCUACCGCAGCGACAUUUUUGCCGGCGUUGUUGUCGAAAAUCGACCAGACGAGGAGUCACUGCUUCUUCGUAUUGUUCCAAGCGGUGAGGAAGUCGAGGUGAGCUGGAAAUGGCUUCUGGUGCCUGAUGCGGUCGAUUAUCGUAGACUGCUCCAGUCGGCCACACACCGCGACGCCACGUCACGUAAGGAAUCCGAGCGAAGUGCGUCGCUACCUAUCAUGGGAGACUUGUUUGUCGAAGGGUACAUGUGGAAACAGUUCCAAGAUUGUGAAGGAACGGCGUUUGUGCCCGCCCCCGAGCAAGUGAAGGUCGACCUCGACAAGCCCAACCAGCUGUGGCACUACCUUGGCAAGCCGUCCACCGAAUCCAAGGACCAGUACACUGGUGACCCUGCGAAUCCCGUGAACGACCGCAAAAGUCACUUCCUCGACUCCUUGCCACCAGUUUACAACUCAGUCAUCCCUACUCCCGCCGUACCGCAGGCUCCCUUUGUUUUCACGGUGCCGGCUGCGCCUUCAUCGAUACCGAACACCCACAUUCAACCAGCACCGGGCCAAACUGCUGGCCAGUCUGGCAUUCAACCCUCGCCAGCGUCUAGAACACACCAGCCCGGCCACCGGAACCGUCAUCGCUCCGCCUCGGCGAGCCAGAAAGUGCCGUUUGGACCCUUCUUCUCUAUGCCUAAGCUGGGUGGCGCUAGCAGCAAGUUUCCUCAGAUUCAUCAUCCGAACUUGUCUCAUGGAUAUGCAACUGUUUCCACAGGCAAACCACAGACGGCCGGUGGUGCAAUGUCCCCCCCUUCUGGUAGCACGGCCACCGGAGGCGAGAAGAGUACUGAUUCCAGCAACAGCAGCAGUCGGCGGAACAGUGUCAUUCACGGCCCAAACAGGGUUAGGAAGAGUAGUUCAGGUGCAGCCUCUCUUGCGGCAGCUGCUGCAAAGCUUCACAAGCGCAGUGCCAGUAGCAUGAGUAGUGUCAGCAGCUUUGGCCUUGGUUUGGGUGGGGGGCUGCGAGGAUUGAGCCGCCCGUCACCACAUACGAAUUAUGUCGGCCCGCCGCCAGUGCCCUCGUCGACGGCUUCAUCCCCGCUCUUGUCGGCACACAACCUGAGCUACAACACCCGCCCCGGCUCCGUAUCCUCCUACGCCUCGUAUGAGUCGAUAAUGGGCCCCGGAAUGUCACCUCACUCGCCCAACGGCAUGGAUGCGAGCCCAUUUAUUGGUAGUCCCGGUCCACAGAUAGGCUCUUUCGAUUUCCCCACUCCCUCGGGCUCUACAAACGGCUACCAGCACCCCGGCCUGCGGCCCCAGUUUGGCGCCGCGUGGCAGCAGAGCUUCCACGCGCCUCUGGGCUCGUUUGCACAAGACAUGGAUAUCAACUUCUCGCCGCCAUCGCCCAUGUCUACUUCCCUGGGUCUACCAGCAGGCGGUCUCGGCGCCCCAGCCAACAUUGUCUCUAACCAUCAAUCGUCUUACUCCUUUGGUGGUCCAGGCAACCUCGGCCCCGACUCGAUGCUCCUCGGCGGCAGCGGCGGCGAUUUUGGUGGCUUUGGUACGAUAAGUCCUCCUUUGGUGCCGGAAUCGCCCAUGGCUAUGAUGAGCCCGGCACUGGAGGAUGUCACACCCCCAGAUGCGGGCACCUCCCAGUCACCGGCCGAGCAGCUGAAGCAACAGCUACGGAGCAUCUCGGAUUCGUCCCUACCGUCGUCUUACCGGCUGCGUUGCCUUCACCAACCCCGACGCCGCCACCAAAGCCGCAGUAGCUUGAAUCGUAUCUUUACGAGUCAGCUGUUGGACCUGAGUUCGAACCCGACAUGA